UUCACGACCCCCUGCGCCUGCCCGAAUCUUGGCGGGUGUGGGACGCUCAGCGAGGACGGUGCCGGCCGGCCGCCUGCCCGCCCAGCAGGUGCUGUGAAACAGUAGAUGUAAUUUGAAGAAACCUUUGAGGAACAAAUGGCUUUAGCUGGCUGUCCAGACUCCUUUUUACGUCUUCCUUAUCGCAUAGACAAUGUAGAUCAGACCUCAGCUCAUGGUCGGCGGGAUCUGGUGGAACCAGGUUUCCAAGAGCCAUCUAACCGCAUCUCCCUGAAUCACCAAGAUGAUGAUGUGGACCUAGAAGCUUUGGUAAAUGACAUGAAUUCCUCAUUUGAAAGCUUAUACUCUGCAUGCAGUGUGCAGUCGGAAACCACUCCACUCCUUCACAAUGGUCAGCUCAGCCGCAGCCAGCUGCCAGCCUCCGGCUCUGCUGUGCUGCAGCCCAUGUCGCCGAGGCAGAAGGUGCAGCGCUCCCAGCCGGUGCGCAUCAUGGCAGUCAGGCGUCUUCAAGAAGAAGAACAGCAAUUCAGAACAUCAUCUUUGCCAGCCAUCCCGAAUCCCUUCCCAGAACUUUGUAGCCCCACAAGCUCUCCAGUACUGGCCCCUGGAUCUUUACCUCAGAGCCAACAGGCUAGCAAGCAUGAUGUAAAAGUCUUUAGUGAAGAUGGAACAAGCAAAGUGGUCGAGAUUCUAGCAGACAUGACAGCCAGGGACCUCUGUCAGCUGCUCGUUUACAAAAGUCAUUGUGUGGAUGAUAACAGCUGGACUCUAGUGGAGCAUCACCCUCACCUAGGAUUAGAGCGGUGCUUGGAAGAUCACGAGGUCAUAGCUCAAGUUGAGUCCACAAUGGGAAGCGAAAGUAAAUUUUUGUUCAGGAAGAAUUAUGCAAAAUACGAGUUUUUCAAAAAUCCCAUGAAUUUCUUUCCAGAGCAAAUGGUUGCCUGGUGCCAGCAAACAAAUGGCAGUAUCCCACAGUCACAACUUCUGCAGAACUUUCUGAACUCCAGUAGCUGCCCUGAAAUUCAAGGUUUCUUGCAUGUGAAAGAGCUUGGUAGGAAAUCAUGGAAGAAACUGUAUGUGUGUUUGAGGAGAUCAGGACUUUACUGUUCCACAAAAGGAACUUCAAAGGAGCCAAGGCAUUUGCAACUGUUGGCUGACCUAGAAGACAGCAAUAUCUUCUCGUUGAUAGCAGGCAAGAAACUGUAUAAUGCACCUGCAGAGUAUGGAUUUUGCAUAAAGCCCAACAGAGUGAGAAACGAAAGUAAGGAACUGAGAUUGUUGUGUGCUGAAGACGAGCAAAGCAGGAUGUGCUGGAUGACUGCCUUUCGCCUCCUCAAGUAUGGAAUGCUACUGUAUCAGAAUUACAGGAUUCCCCAGCAGAGAAAAGCCAUGCUUCCACACUUUUCCACUCCAGUAAGAAGUGUAUCUGAAAACUCACUAGUAGCAAUGGAUUUUUCGGGCCAAAUAGGACGAGUAAUUGAAAAUCCUGCUGAAGCACAGAGUGCUGCCUUGGAAGAAGGACAUGCUUGGAGGAAACGCAGCACGAGAAUGAACAUCUUGGGUAGCCAAAGUCCACUCCAUCCUUCCACACUGAGUACAGUUAUUCAUAGGACACAGCACUGGUUUCAUGGCAGAAUCUCUAGAGAAGAGUCUCACAGGAUUAUUAAGCAGCAAGGCCUUGUAGAUGGGCUAUUUCUUCUCCGGGACAGCCAAAGCAAUCCAAAGGCAUUUGUACUUACUCUCUGCCAUCAUCAGAAAAUAAAGCAUUUUCAGAUCUUGCCGUGUGAAGAUGAUGGACAGAUGUUUUUCAGCCUGGAUGAUGGGAACACCAAAUUUAGUGAUCUAAUCCAGCUUGUUGAAUUCUAUCAGCUAAACAAAGGAGUCUUGCCCUGCAAACUCAAACACCACUGCAUCCGAGUGGCCUUAUGACCUCCAAUCUGACUCUCACUGAAAACUGGAUUUGCUAGAAGAGUAAUUGUAAGAGAAGGUUGACACUGGGGAAUUGGCUGAUUUGUAAGUUGGUAAAAACAAAUAAAAAUAUUAUGCACCUUGGGACUCUGAAAGGGAUGGAUUCAACAGGUGCCAACAGACCAAGAUUGCUGGUUUGUCUAACACCCAAGAGUGAUUGCUGCUGAGUGUCCCAGCAUCCCAAAAAUGGGGGGAGGGUAUGUAAAAACCAUGAGUAAAUUUGAAACAAAACUGGAAGCUGUCUUGACUGGGCCACUUAACAGGAACAAGUGCGAAGAGAAAUCUUUGAAAAGAACUCUUGCCCUGGAAUAAUCUUGACAAUUGAGACUAGUGUGUUUACUUUUUGUAUUGAUCACUUUUUUUGCACUCCUUUGUUUUGGAUAUUGUAUGCAGCCUGUAUCAGGAGCUGAUGUGGCUUUUAAAAUUCAUGCAGGAAUUGGGUACUAAUCUGCACCCUAAAAAUGUAUGGAAUGCUUCAGCCUAAAAGGAUCUAGAAGAAAAUCAAGAGAAGUGUGUGUGUGCGCCUGUGUGUGCGUGUACAUGCGUGCGCCUUUGUGUCUCAGAAUUCCUCUGGAGACCUGGUAUUUAAUGGUCUGCAGAUGUCUUUGAAGAAGCAAUGAGGAUGCAAGUCUAAAAGAACUUACCACCAUACAUACUCUUCAAACUUGUAGCAUUAUGGCUGUAGUACAUUGAUGGCGUAUUAGUGGCAUCCAGUCAUGCAAAGACUGUAUUAGAUUCUAUGCACAAAUUUUUAUUACUGGAGUGGUGGUUUAUUUUUUACAGCCUUUUGACUGUUUUCCUGAGGAAACUUACUGUUACUAAAUAGAAUAGGAUUGAAUGACUACACUUGUAUUUGAAACCACCAUUUUUUGUGAGAAGAUUCUUCUGCGGGUAGUCUUAGUAUGACAGAAUAACUUCAAAAAACAAAAACAACCAACAAAAAUCAAAACAGUGUUCUUAGCUUUAUAGCUCCUUGAAUUUUCAGACUGUUUCAGAAAGCUCUUUCUGUAUAAUAAUGCUGCAGUGAGACAAAGCUCUGCUGGGGAAUAGGACAUAAAAAGAACUGUACCCCUUCUGCUUUCUGUAGGGCCAUGAAAGUUUACAUGGUGAGAAAGAACAUACUGGGAAUGGAAACACAUUUGAUUGUCAACUCUCUGCUGGCAGUAUCAUCCAUUGAGGUAACUAGCCAUCCCUGUGUCAUACACACUAAAGCAUGCCAGUCUGUAUGGCAGACCAGCACGUAUCCUGCUCUGGUGCUGAUCUGUCAUCAGAACUACUUUAUCGUUAAUGUUUAAAUCAAUAUUUAAUGUUUACACAACAACACUUUCUGGUGAUAAAUCGGUAUUAAAGCUAGACAGGUCUCACCUCAAUCAUUCUUUCAAUGGUGUGGCUGGUGCAGGAUCUGUUACUGAACUAACUUCCCAGUACUUCAUGCAGUUAGCCACAGUAAGAAGUGUUCCAGCCUGGGACCUUGCAGAGCACAGUGCAGAAGGGAGCAUUCUGAGAGACUGAUGCAGGCUAGUUCAUCCUUACUAACAUUUGCCACUAGGUUUGAAACCCUAGCCAUCUGAAAGGGUAAAGAAGGAAAACCAGUUCUACACCUUUAAGUCUUCAUGUAUUGUUGGGAGUAGUUUAAGAAAAACCACAACCUGCCUGAGUCAUUCAUAUCGGCUUACAACUAUGUCAAUGGUAUAGAAACACUGUAUUUUAGUUUACAGAACACAUUUAGUACUCUUUUUUCCAUUUACUGUCUAGCUAUUAAAAAUGAAGAAACUUGAUUUUGGUUUUGGUAGAAGCCUUUUCUUUCCUUUGUUCGGUUUUGUUUGUGGUUGUUUUUUCUCCUUCUUGUUUUGGUUGCGGGUUUUUAGUUUGGUUUGUUGUUUUGGGUUUCUUUUUUUAAGUGUACAUAGUGAGAUGAGUGUUCCUGCUUUCUAGCCAAUGUAUUUUAAAACCUUGAAAAUUUAAGCUAACUUAAGUCUGACUUCACUUUGCAUGCUUCUAUUUGGCCCCUAUUAGGAAAAAAAAAGAUACUUGUAUUGACUACAUUACCAGUUUAAUAAGACCAUUUAUGCUGUAGUUUUUAAGUUCUUCUGUUUACAUAGCUUAGUAACAGCCAUGCAUUUUUCCUAGUAGGCAAAUAGUAUUUGCAGUGUUUCAUGUGGAUAAAAAAAUUAAAAAAUGCUUCUUAUUUAAAAUUGAGAAUAAAAACUUUGACUAUAAAUCAUGAUUUUGGUAUGUAGAUGGUUGACUUAGAAUUUUGUACUUUUCCCAGCUUAAGUGAGCUGUUUUGAGAAAGUGACCACCUAAAAAGUGGUAACAAUCUUACUUUAGCAGAUCACUGCUUUGUCUUCUUUUCUGCUGGCAAACAGUCAACUCCACCUUAGUUUUCCAACAGAGUCAGCUGGCUGCCAGCUCAGAAUACCAAGGACUGAAGGACAUUUGACUCUUAUUUUUGUAUUUAAAUGACAUGAAUGUAAAGGGGAUGCUCAGGGUUGUUUUGGAGCCUGUUGAAUUUUUAUCUUUUUGCCUGUGAUUUUAUUUUCUAAAUAAAUACUUCAUGUAGCAAUCUUGAAAAUGUUGAGAAGGAAAAUGCCAAACCGUUUUGGUAAUGAGGUUACUAGUUAAGUUAUGUUACGAUAGGUGUUAAAGUACAAAAACCUUUUUAUUUGUUAAUUAAUCUUGAAGAAACACGUGCCUCAGUUUAGAUGUUUUGUCUUAUCUUUUCUGCACUAAAUACCUGACAGUUUGACCAAUCAAUGCACCUUUCCAGUGGCAAGACUUGCUUAUCGUAAAUUAUAUUGUCACAAUGCAAGAUUUAGUGACUGUAAAAUGGAAUAAAGUUAAAAGUUUCAGGGAAUGCAAAAGGUAUUAACUUAAGAGACAAAACCUUUAUUCAAUAUGCUUUGCUUCAUACUGUAAAUAGCUUUUUGGCUUGUGAACCUAAAUGUAAUCUUUCAGGUAUUUUUGUACAAAUAAGGGACUGAUAUUCUGUUUCUUGUAAUUAGAAAUAAACGUUAAUACAAUGCUAUUCAUUUUACAUUGGAAUGAAUGUCAUCUUUUGGACACGUCUACAUCCAGCUCUCUCUUGCCUUAACUGUGGGUUGUUUGGGGUGGGUUAUAUUAAACAGCCUUUAAGAAGAGCUAAGAGGACAACACAAUCCCCAAGACUGCUUCAUUCUGGCUUUUCUGUCUCAAGAUUCUUAUUAUGACAGACUGUCCUUUAUUUAAAAAUGAACUUUUGCACCCUUGUUUUGGGGAAAAUUGGGGGAUAUUCUGCUGUGACAUUUACAGUGUGGGAAGGCUGCUAGAAUCAAAUCAGGAUAUAUACCGUGAACAUCUGUUGUGUCACAAAUAAAGCUAUAAUUCACUGAAAA